CUGAAGGCAGAUCCAGAAGAACUGUUUACCAAACUGGAGAAAAUUGGUAAGGGCUCUUUUGGGGAAGUUUUUAAAGGAAUUGACAAUCGGACUCAGAAAGUUGUUGCUAUAAAAAUUAUUGACCUAGAAGAAGCAGAAGAUGAAAUAGAAGACAUCCAACAAGAAAUCACAGUGCUGAGUCAGUGUGACAGUCCAUAUGUAACUAAAUAUUAUGGAUCCUAUUUAAAGGAUACAAAAUUAUGGAUAAUAAUGGAAUAUCUGGGUGGAGGCUCUGCCCUUGAUCUAUUAGAACCUGGCUCACUUGAUGAAACCCAGAUUGCUACAAUAUUGAGGGAGAUACUCAAAGGACUUGAUUACUUGCAUUCAGAAAAGAAAAUCCACAGAGAUAUUAAAGCUGCUAAUGUAUUGCUAUCUGAACAAGGAGAAGUAAAGCUAGCAGAUUUUGGAGUAGCAGGACAGCUAACAGAUACACAGAUAAAGAGGAAUACCUUUGUGGGAACACCAUUUUGGAUGGCACCUGAAGUAAUAAAGCAGUCAGCAUAUGAUUCAAAGGCAGAUAUCUGGUCAUUAGGCAUAACAGCCAUAGAACUGGCAAAAGGAGAGCCACCUCAUUCAGAGCUACAUCCAAUGAAGGUUUUGUUCCUCAUUCCUAAGAACAAUCCACCAACACUGGAAGGAAACUUCAGUAAAUCCCUCAAAGAAUUCGUUGAAGCCUGCUUAAACAAGGACCCAAGCUUUAGACCUACUGCAAAGGAGCUCUUAAAACACAAAUUCAUUUUACGAAACUCAAAGAAAACUUCUUACCUGACUGACCUCAUUGACAGGCAUAAGAGGUGGAAGUCUGAACAAAGUCAUGACGACUCCAGUUCUGAUGACUCAGACACUGAAGCAGAUGGUCAGGCUUCAGGUGGGAGUGAUUCAGGAGAGUGGAUCUUUACAAUAAGAGAAAAAGACCCCAAGAAUCUAGAGAAUGGAGCAGCCCAGCCUUUGGAGUUGCAAAGAAAUAAGGAAAAGGAUAUCCCAAAGAGGCCUCUAUCCCAAUGCCUGUCUACAGUUAUAUCCCCUUUAUUUGCAGAGUUGAAAGAGAAGAGUGAAGUGUGUGGUGGUAACACAGAUUCCAUUGAAGAACUGAGAAAGGCAAUUUAUUUAGCUGAAGAGGCUUGUCCAGGCAUUGCAGAUAACAUGGUGUCACACCUUGUGCAGAGGCUUCAGAGAUACUCACUAGCUGGCGGAAGUUCUUCAUCCUACUGACGUACUCUUCCUGACUUUUCUAAGACAACAGCGAUCCCACGGUGUCUGCGUUGAAGGCACACACCCUAAUGUUGUUCUGCCCCUCAGUCUCUGGGAUGUCCUUCAGUGGAAGGACAUUCCUACAUGUGCAAGAGUGAAAAUGCAGUCUCUAGGAUGGAGGCAGUCUUUUUCUGCUCCUUAAAGCUAUAAUUUUUUUAAACGAUAAUGCACAUAUUCCAGGGAGGUGUCCUUUUGUAGAAUCUGAAAUGUAUAUUUAGGUUUGUGAUAGAGAAAUUGAAGAUAUUGAGAAACCUCAGGUAUCUUGCUUUAAGAAUUCCACUGGGAGAUGGAGCAUGGUUGUUGGAAUUGUGUACAGAUAUGUAUAUAAUGUCUUUUUUAACAGAAAGCCUUUCAACGUGCAUAAGGAAUCACUGUGUACAAAAUGGUAAAGUGCUUUUGUAGAUAAUGUUAGUGGGGUAAAUAUUUGACAGGCCAUUACUGAGUAUUGCCUUGCCUUUAUUACAUGUAAAGUUUGAAUUAUGUGAUAAGUGAAUCUUUGUUUGAUUUUUGUAUGUGAAGUAUUUGCCAUUGGAAGAGUUAAUCCUGUACUAUGGAACCUUCUGUUCUUACCUCAGCACAGACACAGUUUUGUUCUGUUUCUCCAGCAUUUCUUCCUUUUUUAUCUAUAUACUAAGCAUGACUUUUAAUUAAGGUACUAAUUCUGGUUGUUUUUAAUUUGAUACACCUUCUCUCUCAAAGCUUUAAAUUACUGUUUUUCCUAAAGUAUGAGCUCUUUCAUAUCUUCAGUUUUAAAAUGUGCCAAUGCAAAUUCUGAACCCUAUCAUUCAAUUUUAGUACCAGGUAUUCGUGAAGCUUAUAGCAAAAUUUAGAUGCAAACUUUUUUUAACCUAAACAUGUUCGAAUGCUCACACAAAUGAAU